AUGAAGCUGAUUGGUCAACUUUCUCUAGUUCAAUAUGAUGGAGAGAUUUAUGCUAAUCAUGUGGCAAUGUUAUGGUUUUCUCAAGCUGUUUCAAGAAAGGUCACAAUUAUGUCACCACUUGUGUUAGUUCUGUGCCUUACUCUUCCUGUGUUCUUGUUAUUCUUCUUUCGAUACCCUAGAACCUUGAAGAACAAGAACCAACUCCAUCCACCUGGUCCUAGAGGCCUUCCCAUAUUAGGGAAUCUCCAUCAAUUAGACAACUCUAAUUUUCAUGUGCAGCUAUGGCAACUCUCAAAGAAGUAUGGGCCAUUAUUUUCCCUUCAACUAGGUUUAAGGCCAGCCAUAGUUAUUUCCUCACCUAAAGUGGCCAAAGAGGCACUUAAAAACCAUGACGUUGAGUUUAGUGGACGACCAAAAUUGCAUGGCCAACAGAGACUCUCCUACAACGGAAUAGACAUGUCAUUUUCCCCAUACGGCACUUAUUGGAGAGAAAUCAGAAAACUCUGUGUUGUCCAUGUCCUUAGCUCUAGACGUGUCUCAAGCUUUUCACCAAUAAGACACUUUGAGGUCAAGCACAUGAUAAACAAGAUAUCUGGGCAUGCCUCAUCUUCAACUGUUACGAAUUUGAAUGAAGUAUUGAUAUCCCUUACUAGUGCAAUUAUAUGCAGAACUGCAUUUGGGAGAAGGUACGAAGAUGAAGGAAAUGAAAGGAGUAGGUUCCAUGGGCUUCUCAAUGAGUGUGAGGCCAUGAUGGGUGUCUUGUUUGUUUCAGAUUAUAUCCCGUUUUUGGGUUGGGUUGAUAAACUCACGGGGUUGCGUACUCGUCUUGAGAAAAGUUUCAAGGAGUUGGAUGAGUUUUCCCAAGAGGUCAUCGAGGAACACAUGGAUCCAAAUAGAAAAUCUUCAGAGGAAGAGGAUAUAAUUGAUGUCUUACUUCAACUAAAGAAGCAGCGUUCGUUUUCCACAGAUCUCACUAUUGAUAACAUCAAAGCUGUGUUCAUGGACUUGCUUAUAGCAGCAACGGAUACUACUGCAUCAACAGCAGUUUGGGUUAUGACAGAACUAGUAAAACACCCAAGAGUAAUGAAGAAAGUUCAAGAAGAAAUUAGAAACUGGGAAGAUAAGAAAGAUUUCAUCGAUGAAGAUGAGACUCAGAAUUUUCCAUAUUUUAAGGCAGUGAUAAAAGAAACACUGAGACUACAUCCACCAUUGGCACUCCUUGUACCAAAAGAGACAAAUAAAAGAUGCAUCAUAGAAGGUUAUGAAAUUGCAGCCAAAACAUUAGUAUAUGUGAAUGCUUGGGCUAUACAUAGAGAUCCUGACACUUGGAAAGAACCAGAAGAGUUUUUACCUGAGAGGUUCUUAGACAGUACCAUAGAUUUUCGAGGUCAAGAUUUUGAGUUAAUUCCAUUUGGUGCUGGUCGUAGAAGUUGUCCAGGUAUACUUAUGGCAAUCGCCUCAUUGGAUCUUAUACUCGCAAAUCUUCUUUAUUUCUUUGAUUGGGAAUUGCCACCUGGGAUAAAAAAAGAAGACAUUGAUACUGAAGUCUUGCCAGGACUUGUGCAGUAUAAGAAGAAUCCUCUUUGUGUUUUGGCCAAAUGUCACAUGUAA